GAAAUAUUGUUACAGUAAGUAAACAUGUUUCGUGUUAGUACUGAAUACCUUCUCAUCUUCCGACGCCAUUAUGGCACCAUCCCGUUCUAAUCAAACCGCCAACUAACAAGCCUGCCCGCUAGCAACCCGCAAGAGAAACCGAGUCAUAUAAGAAUGCAGGGCCACCGAUUAGCGGAGUUACAGCUCUAUUCCAAAGAUUUAGAGAACAUGGAUUCUCCACUUUCUCCUCAUCCCUCUCUUAGUCGUAAUCUACACUCAAGCACCUACACACCGUGCCUAUUGCACAGGCUCCACGAUUCUGGAAAUUCAGUCUUGUGCCUGGCGACAAACGACGAAUACAUCUUUUCAGGUAGUCAGAAUGAGGACAUAAUGGUUUGGGACAAGAAAACGUUCCAGCUGAAGGACACGUUGCGCGGUCACACGAAAGCCGUUCUGGCGUUGCACUACGCGAAUGACAGAGAUUGGCUUUUCAGCUCUUCAGGGGACAGCACCGUUCACGUAUGGUCGGGAAAGACAUUGCAAUUAUUAUUCACGAUUGAUCCAUACCUCGAAACAGGUGCAGGAGAUAUAUACUCUCUGAACUGGUCUGAAACUCUUCAGACCGUUUUCCUCGGUUGCCAAAAUACUUCUAUUCAAUGGCUCGAUUUUCGCCGACCUGGCUCUGAAUCUGGUUCUAGCAUCGUUUCUGGCGCAUCGACCCCCCUCAUCGGGCAGAGAAAAGUCCACAAAUUCUUCGAUAGUUAUCCGCAGUAUCAGCGUAGACCUGCCGACCUAUUCGCAAAUAACGGAAGUGGUACACCAAGCGAAGCCGGCGGUGACGAACCUCGAUUGAGUAUCCCGGCCAACAAUAGCAUCGAGUCAGAGCAUUAUGGCUAUGUAUAUUGUAUGGCUCUUUCGGAAGGUGGGAGGGGCACGGUGAAACUUCUAACAGGAAGCGGGGACGAGACCGUAAAGGUCUGGGAAUGCACCAAAAAUGGUCUCAAACUUCUUCAUACGUUCUCCUGCUCUUGUGGCGCUAUAUUGUCCGUCGUUGUCGAUGGCGACACAGCUUACGCAGGCUGCCAGGAUGGUCAUGUUAAAGUUUUGGACCUGGAGACCAUGACCCUCGUUAGGACUAUAAUCGUCCAGGAGGGUGUCGAUAUUCUUUCCUUGUCCUUGAUUCAAUCGGAUCUCUAUACUUGCUCUGCAAAUGGUCAAGUAAUCCGCUACUCCGGUUCAUUUGACCGCACCGCAUCAUGGACUGCCCACGAUGGAAUCCUACUUUCAUCCGCCGUUUCCCGGAAUAAAGUCGGAGACGAAGAAUCCUUCGCGUUCCUCACCGGCGGAAACGAUUAUAACAUCAAAGUUUGGAACAUUCGUCCACCACCACCUAGAUUUUCAAUCUCAGGAAAGGAAGAAAGAGAAAACGUGGGCGGACCGCUUUGUCGAGAUACCAUCUCUUACGCACUCUCAAACUUUGUCUCUAUACCCAGUGAGAGCGGAACUCCUUCGCAUAGGGAAGACUGUCGACAAGCGGCCAUAUGGCUCAAAAAAUGCCUGACACAACUCGGAGCGUCUUCGGUCUUGCUUCCGACUGAGGAAGGCGGAAAUCCCCUGGUCCUGGGGACGUUUACUGGACAAAGUGCGGGCAGAAGACCACGUUUGUUAUUUUACGGCCACUAUGAUGUCGUUGCGGCCCCCAUGGAAGGAUGGACAUCGGAUCCAUACAGGUUAGAUGGCCGAAACGGUUAUCUCUAUGGUCGUGGAGCGACGGACAACAAGGGACCGAUUUUGGCCGUUGCCUUUGCUGUCUCUGAGCUCCUCUCUCUCCGUGCAUUGGGUGCCGAUGUCGUAUUUCUGAUCGAGGGUGAGGAAGAGUCGGGAAGUAUUGGGUUUGAAGAAGCAGUGAGGAAGUAUAAGGACGAGAUUGGCCAUAUAGAUGAGAUCCUCGUCAGCAAUUCCACCUGGUUAUCAGAAGACCAGCCCUGUAUAACCUACGGACUUCGUGGAGUGAUACAUUGCUCUGUACAGAUAUCUAAUGCUCUUUCAGACCUUCACUCUGGAGUCGAUGGUGGAGGUGUCGUCGAGCCUAUGCUCGAUACGAUCAACCUCAUAGCGACUUUGACCGAUUCCAAACGGCGUGUCAAGAUUCCAGGAUUUUAUGACCACGUCCUACAUGCUAAUCAAGAAGAGAAGGAUUUGUAUGAGAAGUUAUCCGACAUCACUGAGAAAUCUGCUUCUUCGAUAUUCUCUCGAUGGCGCGAACCGUCCCUGACGGUUCAUAGCAUGGAAAUAUCCGGGCCAAAGAAUCCUACCGUUAUUCCUGGAACUGUCAAAUGUCAACUUUCAGUUCGAAUUGUCCCUGACCAGAAUCUGGAGACAAUCACCCAAACCUUGACCAGUUACUUACGAAAUUCAUUCAAGGCACUGAAUUCACCGAACCAGCUCGAGGUUAUUAUUGAACGUACUGCCGAUUGGUGGCUUGGAAAUCUGGAUGAUCCGUGGUCUAAGGAUUUGGAAAGCGCCAUUCAGGAAGAAUGGGGUGUGGAACCACUGAGGAUACGUGAGGGAGGUUCGAUUCCCUCGAUUCCGUUCCUGGAAAAAGCGUUUGGAUGUCAUGCAAUUCAUCUACCUAUGGGACAAAGCCAGGAUCGAGCCCAUCUACCCAACGAAAGGAUCUCCCUGACCAAUCUUCAACGAGGGAAAGAGGUCGUCAUGAAGUUCCUCACGAAGGUAGCCAAGCGAAGUUCGCGCUCAGCAGUGGCCUGAUCAUGCCUUUCGUUUCUCUAUCGUCACUCAACUGUCUUCGGUUUUUUCCUCUUACAUUCUCCUUCACCUUAAUCGCGCAUAAUGUGUACAUUUGGAUUAUACGUCUAGAUCAUACGUCUACAUUACCCUUACUGGUUUCAGCCAAACUUGUUUGAUGUAAAUUUAUUACCCAAGUAAUAUACUUCGUUUAUCAUCGCUGAACAGAGCGUCCAG